UUUAACAUUUUUUCUUUUUCUUUUUCUUUUUUCCCUUCUUCUUUUUCACUUUAUUAUUAUCAUGUCUCAGGAAACAGCAACAAUUGAUCCAGAACAUACAACAACAACAUAUCAAAAUUAUUUUACAACUGCUUCUAAUCAUUCAAAUAACACAAAAAAAAGAGAAGAAUCAAUUCGACCUUGCAUUCACUGUCAAAAAGCACUCUUAACUUGUGAUGAAGGUCGACCUUGUCAAGGAUGUAUUAAAAGAGAUUUAUCAACAACUUGCUUUGAUGGAAUACGUAAAAAACCAAAAAUAAACUAUACAACAACAGCUAAUAACAGUAAAUGUAAAUGAGUAUAUUGUUUAUCCUAUAAUGAUUAAUUUUCAUUUUUAUAUAAUAGUUUUUUCUACUAUAAAUCCUCCAUUUACACCAGCAGAAGAUCAAUCUAUUACUGAAAACUCAAACUUUAUUUAUAAUGACGACACUUCUCAGUUGUUUAAUUUUUCAUUAACAG